AUGGAACGAAGAAUGCAUCGAGGCACUGAAGAAAUUGAAAGCAUAUCUAUCUUCGCCACCACUGCUCGUCAAAGCAGACCCCGGCGAGUGCCUACUUGUGUAUCUGGCGGUAUCCGAAGUCGCUGUCAGCUCCGUCUUGGUCCGCGAAAACAAAGAUGCCGAAACGAGGUACCCCCACCUCGAAAAACUGGCUCUGGCACUGGUCGUGGCUUCGCGAAAGCUCAGACCUUAUUUUCAAUGCCAUCCCAUAAAGGUAGGCUCACCAAAUGGGCCAUAGAGCUCAGCGAGCAUGACAUAACCUACCACCCAAGAACCGCCAUCAAGUCACAGGUACUUGCCGACUUUGUCGCCGAUUUCAGUGCAGGGAUACUGCUAGAGGUGGAACAAGAGGCCCUCCGCGCCUCUGCUCGCAUGAAAUUAGCCAUCAAAUACGGGGCCCGUCGACUCAUCCUCCACUGCGACUCUCAACUUGUCGUAAAUCAAGUCACCGGGACUUACCAAAUCAAAGAACAACGGCUACAAAAAUAUCAGUCAGAGAUCCGCAAGCUGAUGCAUGAGUUCGACGAAUGUCGCUUCGAACAAAUCCCCAGGGCACAAAACGUUGAGGCAGAUAGCCUAGCUAAACUAGCCGCAGCCACCAAGAAUAUCAACAAAGAAAAUGUGGUGACUCUCCUCCAUUCGGCCGUCGACCAUGUCGAGGUAUUCUCUUUAAACUUGACUUGGGACUGGCGCAACCAGUUUGUAUCCUACCUGCAGGACGGAACGCUCCCACGCGACAAAAAAGAAGGCAAGAAACUCCGGGUACAGGCUGCCCGAUACAGCCUGAUCAAUCACGAUCUCUACAAAAGAACAUUCGGAGGUCCCCUUGCCAAGUGCCUCGGGCCGCAUCAAACGAGGCAAGUAUUAGAGGAAGUGCACGAAGGCCAUUGUGGCGCCCACACAGGGAACCGCGCCCUUGUUCGAUGCCUCAUCCGCGCCGGCUAUUACUGGCCUACCAUGAAGAAAGAGGCAGCAGAUUAUGUUCGAAGAUGCGAGCAGUGCCAAAAGUACGCCCCCAUGAUACACCAGGCAGGGGAACUCCUCCAUUCAGUCACCUCGCCAUGGCCCUUCAUAAAGUGGGGAAUGGACAUAAUCGGCCCUCUACCGACAGGACGAGGAAAGUUCAUCGGUAGAAAAACAACAGAAUUCUUCGGGAAAUGGCACAUCAAACGGAUACUCUCCACCCCGUAUCAUCCCGCCGCCAACGACCAAGCCGAGUCUUCCAACAAAACAAUAUUGAACAUAUUGAAAAAGAAGCUCGAAGACGCUAAAGGGUCAUGGCCCGAAUUAUUACCUGAAGUAUUAUGGGCCUACCGGACUACGCCCAAAUCCAGCACGGGAGAAACACCAUAUUCACUGGUCUAUGGGACCGAUGCAGUCACACCCAUCGAGAUCGGAGAGCCAAGCCUGAGAUAUUCCCAUACCAGUGGAGCGGAUAACGAUGAAAGCAGGUUACAAGAUCUAGACGAAUUCGAAAAACGAAGAGACAUGGCUCAUAUAAGGAUGACAGCUCAGAAACAGCAAGCGGAAAGAUAUUACAACAUGAAAGCCAAAGAGCUGGAGUCGAGCCGGUUGACGUCUUCAGAAGCAGGCCCCUCCCCAUCAGGAGAGUCGGGGUAA